CAGUGAACGCUCAAUAAUUCCUGCUUUGGUGCGCGUGGAAGGAAACAGAAAACAAUGAGUGGCCAAUGGGUCGGCUAAAAGUAGGACACUUACAGGGACCACCGUACCAUUAUGUUAAUUCUUGCCUGCGCCCUGUCUCCUUCUCCGCCCACCUCGCCCUCUGCUUUUUCUAACCCAUGUCCCUCUGUAACACGCCCACAAAAGAAACUUCUACUUAUACUCCCAAUUUAAGAACAAGCCCACAUCACUUAAACCCUAAAACUCUGAUCUUUUCUCUCCCAAAGACGACUUUUUGUUUUUUUGGCUUCUUCAACUUUAUUGUGCCAUUUUUGUUUGAUUUGUUGUUGUUUGGAUAUUUGAUUACAUGGAGCUUCAACUUGGUCUCGCUCUUCCAAGCACAGCUGUCAAGGGUUUCGACCUCAAUACUAAUGUUUACGAGCCUAGGGAGAAUAUGGCCUCCCACGCAUCAUUCAACAUCUUUGGUUUUACUAAUGAUGUUUGCAGCAAUGACAAAAAACGUAGCUUUGAUAAGGCUUUUGAAAACGACAAAACGGUGACACCAACACUGCCUCUAUUGCAUUGGAACAACCACCCCAACGACCUCCAAAACAGUUCUUCUUUUGUCAGGAUGGCUGAGGAAGAUGGUGUAGUGGGGUGGCCACCCAUUAAGACCUGGAGAAAGAAAAUAUGCAACAAAGAUCAAGGAGGCCGAGCCAAGCCCAAGAUGAAAAAUAUUGGCUUUGGCAGUGGCAGGGGACAAUCAAAUUCUAACUCCAUGUAUGUGAAAGUGAAGAUGGAGGGAAUGGCCAUAGCUAGGAAAAUUGACCUAAGCCUCCACCAUUCUUUUGAAACCCUAAAAACCACCUUGAUCAGCAUGUUUAGCUUCUGGCAUGAGGAUUCCAACAAUUACAAAGUCACGUAUCAGGAUAACAAAGGAGAUUGGCUGGUUGCUCAAGAUGUACCUUGGAGAACUUUCAUUCAUACAGUGCAACGCCUUAAGCUGUUUAAGAUCAGCGAGUGAUUGAUAAUUGAUUUAUGGGUCUUCAUCAGCUACGCACUUUUAGUUGAAUCUCAAUAGAACCCAUCUGGGUUUUUGGGUCUAAGCUUUAAACGACUAUGUAUUUUGUAGUUUCUAUAGUGCUCAAUUAUUAGCUCUUUUAGUCUGUAACUUUUGGAUGAAGAAAACAUGACUUUCGUAUCAGAGUUUGAUUUGAUAAAUCAGUCUGCAAUCAUUUUCAUUCUUAGCAGGUGUUCCAUCACUGAACAUUAUUUUAUAAAAAAGCUCAGUUAUGAAUGAUAAGAUCGAGAAGCAGUGACAGGAUUGGGAAAAAUCAGUGAGUUGCAGUUUCGCCGCGUUGGUCUUUCUGAAGCUUGGACCAGAAGGCAAUUAGAAUGCUACCCUUCUCAUUAGAAUUUGUUGUUGUUGGGCCUUCGGCCUUUCUAGUGCCCUAAUGUGGUUGUGAACAUUGGGCCCCCCUCUUUUUAAUAUAAUUUUAUCUCAAAUAAAAUCACUAUAAAAGUUUUAAAAAUAA